AUGCUGCCGGGUCUGACGGGAGAUGAACAGACAGACUUGAGGGAAAUCCCUAGACUUGCUGUACUGUUGAGCAGCCGCACCCCACCUACCUUCCUGGUGGGAAAGCGGCUCUCAGCUGCACAAAAUCAUGCUCCAUCCCGGGGAGCGGGAAACCUGGAUCGUGCCCAUGUGUCCAGCUUGCUGCCAAAUUCGGAUGAUGCAGUUCUCCACGAGGCCCAGGGUUCUGCAUUUCUCACGAGCUCCCCGGUGCUGCUGAUGCUGCUGCUCCACAUCCCACACUUUGAGUAUACAAAGCUUUGUGUUUUAAAUCUUUUAAUUAUGGCUGAAGAUAUAAACACAGCUUCUGUGGCUUGUGAUCCCUUGCGGUGUUCAUCUCAUGGGACCUAUUUGUUCCCAUGCCCUCCUGGCCUCUUACAGCUCUCAGCAUUAGAGAGGCAGAUCUUUGACUUCCUUGGCUUCCAGUGGGCACCUAUUCUUGGAAAUUUUCUACAUAUAAUAGUUGUCAUAUUGGGUUUGUUUGGAACCAUUCAGUACAGACCUCGAUACAUCAUGGUGUAUACAGUAUGGACUGCCCUCUGGGUCACCUGGAAUGUGUUCAUUAUCUGCUUUUAUUUGGAAGUAGGUGGGCUUUCUAAGGACACAGAUCUAAUGACAUUCAACAUCUCUGUACAUCGGUCAUGGUGGAGGGAACAUGGGCCGGGUUGUGUCCGGAGAGUGCUGCCUCCGUCAGCCCACGGCAUGAUGAACGAUUACACUUAUGUCUCUGUCACAGGCUGCAUCGUGGACUUCCAGUACCUGGAGGUCAUCCACAGCGCCAUCCAAAUACUACUCUCCUUGGUUGGUUUUGUGUAUGCCUGUUACGUGAUCAGUAUUUCCAUGGAAGAAGAGGACACCUUUGAUUUCAUAGGUGGACUUGAUACACACUCCUACUACCAGGAUCAUGUUGAGUUAAAGCCUGUUAAACCUGUAAGUAAAGUAUUCAAAUAUUUGACUAACAAGCUCAGGAACAAGUUUUCUAUGUCCCUAGAAGACCUGGAAGGAAGUCAACAGCAACAACAGAAAAAAGCCACCUAA